AAUAACCUUAGUGAUGGGUCCGUUUUCGCCUAAGCUUCGUGUGGUGAGAGUGAGACGAUAGCCGCACCAAAGAUUAGAGCUUCCUCAACCCUUCUUCUCAGGUUCAUUUACUAUUCACUUCAUUCAAAUCUUCGUUCACGUUUUCCGUUUAUUAAGGAAAGAUGCAAUCAUUCUCGUACCAUGUUGUUGUUGGUCGUGUUUUUGAAUUCUUGAUGAGAGACCCUCUCUGUUGGCAGAGUAGAAGAGAAAUUUCAAAACUUGUGUAAUGGGUUUACCUCUUGCACAUGAAGAGAGCAACUAUCUUCUCUUGUUUCCAUUGUUUUCACUAUCAUUAUAAUAAUUCAUUUACGGGUUUUGGUCCAAGAUGUUUGAGUGUGAAAUUUUCCUCUUCUUUGGGUUCAAGCAAUGCCAGGCCUUUUCCUGAUUACUCCCCAAGAAAGCCUUCAGUCACAGACAGUGACUUUGUGCACCACAUUUCCACCACCAUUAAGCAGCGCCGCGCCGAGCCCUUUCGCCGGAUUCUCAGGCCUUUUGAGUCUAGGUUUAAGCCUGAUCAUGUCAUUUGGGUUCUCAUGAACAUCAAGGAUGACUAUAAACUUGUGUUGGAUUUCUUCAAUUGGGCGAGCUUGCGCCGGGACCCUUCCUUGGAAGCCCUUUGCAUUGUGGUUCAGAUUGCUGUGGCUUCUAAGGAUCUGAAAAUGGCUCACAGGCUGGUUUUUGAGUUCUGGGAAAAGCCCCAUUUGGAUGUUAGUAACUCCUUUGCUCGCUUUUCGGAGAGGUUGAUUUAUACCUACAAGGACUGGGGUGCACACCCUCUUGUGUUUGAUGUGCUUUUUCAAGUUCUUGUUGAGGCAGGGUUGCUUCUAGAAGCUGGGCAAUUGUUUGAUAAGUUGGUAAAAUAUGGUGUUCUUGUCACUAUAGAUUCUUGUAAUUUGUUUCUAGCUAGGCUAUCUAACAGUUUUGAUGGGAUAAAGACGGCAAUUAGGGUGUUCAGAGAGUAUCCAGAAGUGGGUGUUUGUUGGAACACUAGGUCGUAUAAUAUUAUUUUUCAUUCGCUUUGUCAACUGGGUAAGGUAAAAGAAGCACACAAUCUGCUCAUACAAAUGGAGUUUAAGGGAAAUGUUCCUGAUGUUGUAAGUUAUAGCGUUAUAAUUAAUGGAUAUUGUCAGGUUGAACAGCUAGGCAAGGUCUUGAAGCUCAUGGAAGAGUUGCAGAGAAAGGGCUUAAAACCGAAUCAAUACACGUACAAUUGCAUAAUUGCUCUUCUUUGUAAGAGUGGUAGAAUAGUUGAAGCAGAGCAAGUCUUGAGGGAGAUGAUAAACCAGAGGAUUUUUCCGGAUAAUGUGGUCUAUACUACUCUCAUCAGUGGGUUUGGCAAGUCUGGGAAAGUUUCAGCUGAAUACAAACUCUUUGAUGAAAUGAGGCAUAAGAAAAUAGUUCCUGAUUUUGUGACAUAUACUUCCAUGAUUCAUGGUCUCUGUCAAGCUGGAAAGGUGGUGGAAGCACGCAAACUGUUUAGUGAAAUGUUCAGUAAAGGGUUGGAACCAGAUGAAGUUACUUUUACUGCUCUUAUUGAUGGGUAUUGCAAGGCAGGGGAAAUGAAAGAGGCAUUCUCUCUUCACAACCAGAUGGUUGAGAAGGCUCUGACUCCUAAUGUUGUCACUUAUACUGCAUUGGUUGAUGGCCUGUGUAAACGUGGAGAGGUAGAUAUUGCAAAUGAGCUUCUUCAUGAAAUGUCUGAAAAGGGCCUUCAACCAAAUGUCUGCACGUAUAAUGCAAUGAUCAAUGGUCUUUGUAAGGUAGGAAAUAUAGAGCAAGCCGUGAAACUUAUGGAAGAAAUGGAUCUGGCAGGGUUUUAUCCUGACACUAUUACAUAUACUACACUCAUGGAUGCUUAUUGUAAGAUGGGUGAAAUGGCUAAGGCUCACGAAUUGCUGCGGAUUAUGCUUGAUAAAGGACUUCAACCUACAAUUGUUACAUUCAAUGUGCUAAUGAAUGGAUUUUGCAUGUCAGGGAUGUUGGAAGAUGGUGAAAGACUAAUCAAAUGGAUGUUGGAAAAAGGCAUAAUGCCAAAUGCCACAACAUUCAAUUCUCUUAUGAAACAGUAUUGUAUUAGAAAUAACAUGCGUGUCACUACUGAGAUUUAUAAAGGGAUGCAUGCUCAAGGAGUGAUGCCUGACAGUAAUACCUAUAAUAUUUUGAUUAAAGGUCAUUGUAAAGCUAGAAAUAUGAAAGAGGCAUGGUUUUUGUAUAAAGAAAUGGUUGAAAGGGGAUUUAGUCUUACUGCUGCUUCCUAUAAUGCUCUUGUAAAGGGUUUCUAUAAGAGGAAGAAAUUUGUGGAGGCUAGGAAGCUAUUUGAGGAGAUGAGAGCUCAAGGGUUCGUUGCAGAAAAAGAGAUAUAUGAUAUUUUUGUUGAUGUAAACUAUGAAGAAGGGAACUGGGAAAAUACUCUUGAGCUUUGUGAUGAAGCAAUAGAGAAACUUCUUGUUAAGAAAACUUAGUUGACUUUUGUGUACGCCAUUUUAUGAUGGAAUUAUCAGGGGCAGUAAUCGUUAUUUGUGUCUGCUUCUUCUCUCUUGGUAGUUCCAUUGAAAGUAACUUGCUUAUCUUGACACCAGUGACUCUCAUCAUUAAAAGAGUGACACUUGACUUCCAGUGUUCCCAAUAUUUGAAGAGCAUAAGGAUAUGGUGUUUACAUAAAUCUCACUAGCCUCAAUUCUCAAUCCCCACAGGUCGAGGGAAAGACAAGUAUGCCUGUUUUUCAAAACUUUUUGAUUGCACUAUUUGUAACCUCGAAUGCCCAAGGCUAAAAAGUUGACUUGUUGCUUCACCUGCCUAAAGUGAGGUGUUGCCCGGAUGAAUAGCCAUUAGCCAGUGAAAGCUAUAGUGGCUUUAUUUGAUUUAGUUGUCAAUUAGAAAGACUGCUAAAGAUUAAGUGCUCCAUAGUUGGUCAUUUUGGUGCUGGUACUUCUAAAGAUGCUCUGGUGAAGACUGAAAAUAUCAAUUACAGGGAUUUUCUUCGAUUGGUUCAGUCACGUUUGGGCCUAAAAAAGCCCAAAUCAAAGCAAACUGGAGGCAGUAAUAGUUGGGCCCUUUUCCAAUUCAGCCCAUCAGGUUGGGCGGUUUGUGGUCUACUUGGGUUGGUAUUAGUGGUUUGGGCUGUUACUUUUGGGGGCCUUAUCAAAAAAGAGGAGUUGUGAUGAUAGAGUAAAAAGGGAAGAAGAAAGCAAAUUAACAAAAGUUGAAAACAAACAUCCAUUUGUGCAUAUUUUCUUUCUGGACAGCAGCUAUCUCUUCAGUCUAAGUUGAGAAUCACAUGCCAUUUGUUCUACUGAAAGCCAACUUUCAAGUAUUUGAUUUGAUCUAUUAACAACUCAGUCGUUAAUAUUCUGAAUUGAAAUACUAGUGUGCAUUCAAAAUUUCAAUAAAUUGUUAUCCAUUUUUCAACAUUACUGAU